AUGACGGACUCGGUAAAGAGCGCGCAAGCUCUUAUUGAGGAAUUACAGCAAAAUUGGGAAGCUUUCAAGGCAAUCGGAGCUGAACAACCCAACAGUGGCGGAGGCAUACAAAGCUUACUUGAAGAAAUUGUCUCCAAACAGCUGUACAGUAAGGAAACGCAUUUCCUUCUCGAGUUGAUACAAAAUGCAGAUGAUAAUCGCUACAUUGGCGUGGUUCCCAUUCUAGACUUUACUUUACGUAAAGACAGCCUACGUAUAGACUGCAAUGAAGUUGGCUUUACAGACAGCAACGUUCGAGCUCUCUGCAGCUUUGGGCAAAGCACCAAAUCUGGAUCUGCUCACCACAUCGGCGAGAAGGGAAUCGGCUUCAAAUCGGUUUUCAAAGUAGCUGCUACUAUCUACAUCCAUUCAUGCCAAUUCUCGUUCAAGUUCGAUGGUAAACAAGACUUGGGAAACGUCACGCCGAUUUGGUGUGAAUUUCCAGCACCUGUACGGCAUGGCCACACUUCUUUUCUUCUGGAGCUAUCCGAGGAAUGUGACAAAACAAUGAUCACCAAGGAGCUGAAAGCGCUUGACCGCACAAUGCUUCUGUUUCUUCGGCAGCUGAAACAAAUCAAUGUUGUCAUUGAUGACGAAGACGGCGACAUGUGGCAAAAUACCCUCAGUAGAGAAGAUCUAAAGGACCGCAACAACCAUGUCACUAGACUAUGGAAAAACAACACUCCGUCGGAUUACUUGAUCGUUCACCAUAAGGUUGAAAAUCUUCCGGAGAUGAAGCAGCGGCCAGGAUGCUCAAGCUCAGAGAUUGUGCUUGGUUUUCCAAUCUUGAAUGUAGCUGAAAAGCCGAAGCGUACUCAGAUGGUCCACGCAUUUCUGCCUAUUCGUGACUAUGGCUUCAAGUUCCUGCUUCAAGGUGACUUCGUUUUAACAGCGAAUCGACAAGACAUCGAUGAUAACGCCUGGAAUCGCACCGUUCGCGAUGGCAUUGCCGAUGCUUUUGCUAUUGCCGUUGGUUGUUUCAAUGACUUCUCCGGAUUUCUGCAGUAUCAAUGGCCGUACUAUCUUCCAGGGGAGAACAUGUCAGAUUUCUUCAAGCCACUCAUAAACGAAAUCCAUCUGAAGCUGGCCCACCAACCACUAACGUACAUGAUAAGCGAGUGA